CCACAACAUGCAACUCACCUGGGGUUUGAUCGGUGCCAUUUUGGGGGUGUUCUACCUAUGGUUGGAGAUCACGGAAGGUCUUCCCUAUGGCCAGAACCAGGGGGGAUAUCGAACUUCUCGAGGGACUCAAGACGGUGAAGCCCCGUUGGAAUUGCAAGGAAGAGCUGGAGGAGGCAUCAAGCUUCCUGCCCAAAGCAGAGCCGCUAGUCGGGGACACGGAUUACGGGUCUCGAGACCUAAGGAGGACGCGUCAUUGUCAAUAUUGGUACUGCAAAGCCUUCAUUCCUGAGCCGAUCUCCGUCUUCGAGAUCGAGAUGAAAAAGGAAGAUCAUCGCAAAGAUGCGACUGAAUGCGUCUUCGAACGUGAUGUGCAAGGAGCCGAGAAUCGAAUGCUGGAGGAAGAUGAAAUGGCAGAUGGUCUCGUGGAGAUUUCCCUCGUGUUCCCCUCGGGAGACGAGGAGAACGAAAAUGCCUCGGACGGACUUCCUUUCCGUUCGCUCCUAUUUCGUUCUUACACGAGUACCGUCGAAGCGUCGCUUCCCUCGGCAUCCCUUGAAUCUCAAAUGAUCUCUUUCGAACGAACCGGAUACGGAGGACCGGCGGGAAGAGUGAGGAUCAAGGUCUACCGAGGACCCAGUGAUGGAUACGGGAAGAAGUCACAUGCCCCUUGGGGCUACUGGGUGAAACAACCCGCCGAUCGCCCCGGUUACUACCACUAACCGCACCGUCAGACCUGCGCACGAUUCCGCAUUCCCUCGAAAAGUACAAGCCAGGAUCCAAACGAGGUCGAAACGAAGAGCUUCCUUACGAUCGUUACCGCGUCGUCGAGUUCCAGAGUGCUAUUCCCGUUGAAUGUUCAGG